UCAUGCUGGAUAAUCAUUUCCAUUUUGAACACACAGGCUAAACAAUCGGAAAGCAAGGUUAGCUCGUGCUGCGAAGGAUGGGCGUAUGUUGUCUGAAGGGGAUAGUCUUGACAAACAAGGUGGGUUGCUCACUCUGCUUCCUUCUGACUCACCUGGAAGUCCUGUCGAGGAUGUUGGUAUCCUCUCUGCUGCUAGAGAAAAUGCACCGAGGCUAACUGGCCUGGCACCGAGCAGCACUUGUCUUACAGAAAACACAACUGCUGUGCCUGCAGCUUCAUCAGAACAGGCAAAGUGUGUCGCAGGGGAUUACGUUGUGCUUAUAAACGAGAAAGCAGAAGAGAUUGGAAGAGGAAAGGUAUGUCAAGUCAGUGGCAAGUGGUAUCAAAGGGACCUGGAGGAGCUAGGGACCUGCGUCGUGGAUGUUAUUGAUCUCAAGGUUGAGAGGUCUGCUAAGCUUCCUUACCCAUCAGAAUUAACUGGAACAUCAUUUGAUCAGGCUGAAAGAAAAUUUGGUUUCAUGCGAGUCUUGUGGCAGUCCAGCAAACUAUUUGUGUUGCCUGCUCGGUGAAUCAAAAGUACCUCAGUUCUGGAUUGAUAGUUCCUGAGGAAAAUUCGAGGUUUACUAGUUGGGCGGGUCUAUGAAGAUUCUGGAGGGUCUAGCACUAUAUCCUCCCCAUGCUGUCACUGUGCAGGCCAUUAUAUCUGAUGCUUGAUCUGGAAAACUACCCAGUACUAACUUAAAGGUGUUACUAUCCUGGUGUGUCUUGUUGGGGCCGUUAGAUUUCUCGGUAUAGUCCCCGUACUACAUGAUGCAGGCCUUGAUGAUCUUCUGCAGGAAGCACACCUAGAUUCUGAAAGACUAGUCUCAGUCAUUUGCUCCCUGUACAUUGUGGAGGUUUAGGAUGUACAAGAUUACUAUUUACUGUUCUCAUGCAACAUCUUGUAUAACUUACCAUAGUAAAUUACAAAAAUGGGAUGAUUUUGUC